GGGCUGCGCACGCGCGGUGCAGACUCGUCCGGAAGUAAGUGUCUCGGUGCUGAGCGCGAACCUGAGAAGAUGAACCCUUUAACUAAAGUGAAGCUGAUCAACGAGCUGAAUGAGCGUGAGGUCCAGCUUGGGGUGGCAGAUAAGGUGUCCUGGCACUCCGAGUACAAAGACAGCGCCUGGAUCUUCCUGGGAGGGCUUCCUUAUGAACUGACUGAAGGGGACAUCAUCUGUGUGUUCUCACAAUAUGGGGAGAUUGUUAACAUUAAUCUGGUGCGGGACAAGAAGACUGGGAAAUCCAAAGGAUUCUGUUUCCUUUGCUAUGAAGACCAGAGGAGCACAAUUCUGGCUGUUGACAAUUUUAAUGGGAUCAAGAUCAAAGGAAGAACUAUUCGAGUGGAUCAUGUGUCCAACUAUCGAGCUCCCAAGGACUCCGAAGAAAUAGAUGAUGUGACCAAAGAACUCCAGGAGAGGGGCUGUGGGGCUCACACCCCCUCAGUGAGUUCAUCAGAGGGUUCUGAAGAUGACAAACCCACAAAAAAACACAAAAAAGACAAAAAGGAGAAAAAGAGAAGAAAGAAAGACAAAGAGAAGACUGACCGGGAGGUCCAGGCGGAGCAGCCGGCCCCCUGGUCGCCACCCAGAAACAAGGUGGUAAGGGAAAAGGACGACCCUGGCUCUAAAAAGCACAGUGACAGGAACUCAGAGUGGGGUCAGAAGUCAGAGCCCAGGGAGGUGCGGAAGCACCAGCCCAGCUCUCCCGAGGUCAGGGCGACCUGCCGCGGUGGAGAAGGGGACAGAGAGAGGGAGCUGAAGAAAGAGAAGCCGAAGCAUGAACAUAGGUCCUCAACCAGAGAAGAAAAGAACCGAGAUAGAGACCGAGGCCGAAGCUCAGACACACACUCCAGCCGGCCCAGUGGGCGUUCUGAGGGGCGUAGUCAGCGGAGUAGAAGCAGGAGCCGGGAGAGGUCCCAUGGGCCGAAGAGGGCGCGGCGCUCACGGGACCAGGAGUCCUCUAACCCCGGUGACCGCAGGCACCACUGAAGCUGCGGCCUCUCUCUCUUCCCAAUAGAACUGGAACUGGAAAUGCACUUGGUCUUUAAAAUGCAAUUGUGCUUAGUUAUGCUUUUACUGUUACUGUAAGUAAAAUCUCGGAGGCCGGAUUCUUCCAAUCCCUUGAGUAUUAGAGUCAUUAAGAGCUGUAGUUUUAACAGCCCCAUAGGCCUGGAUUUUUGAGCAAAAUCCAUUGUUCCUGGGAAUAUGCUCAGUACUUACCAGAGGAGGUAUUCUAAAUUUGGUUUCAUAAAUGUGGCCCUUGAAUUUAUGACCCCAGUGUAUGAUGAAAUUGCCAGGAAAGGGGAAAUAGCAGGCAAUUCUAGAAUUCUGGUCUUUGUGCUAGAGGUGUAGGUGACCUUUCCAGUUGGCAGGUACAGCCGUGCAUAAAGAAGGGUGGUUUAACUAGGUCUAGACAGCUCGAUGUGAAUGGGAUAGUGAUUCUCAAUGCCAGGCCGCUCCCUCUGCACCCCACCCUCUUUUAAAAAAAUUUUUUAAACGUCUCUUUUUUAACAUCCACGCACCUCCUUGCCAUUUAUUUAUUUAUUUAUUUAUUUCUGUUGAGGUGAAAUUCACAUAACAUCAAAUUAACCAUUUUGAAGGGAACAAUUCAGUGGCAUUUGGUACAUUCAUAGUGUGCCAAACUACCGCUCCUGUGUAGUUCAAAAACAUUUCCAUCACCCCAGAAUGAAACCCUGUGCCCAUGAAGCAGUUACUCUCCAUUCCCUCCUCCUCGUCCCUGUUGACUACCAGUCUGCUUUCCAUUUCUGUGGACCUACCUAUUCUGGACAUUUUGUAUAAGUGGAAUCAUACACCAUAUGGCCCUUCUGUGUCUGGGGUCUUCCACUUAGUAUGUUGUUGAGCUUCAUCCGUGUUGUAGCGUGGAUCAGCACUUUGUUACUUUUUAAGAUUUUUAAAAAUUUAUUUGUCAGAGCGAGA